CCUCGCAGCGCAGGCGGACGUGGAGAGCCGGAAGGGCCAGGUGUAGAGAAUAUCAAAGUGGUGGCUACAGUUCCACCCCUGGUCUGGCUGCCAUGUAUCAUGGGCAAACUACUAGUAAAGGGCCGUGUAAUUCCACACAGAUUUACCAGCAACCUCCAAGGCUUCUCAUUGUGCAUAUCGCUCUACCAUCCUGGGCUGACCUCUGCUCCAACCUCUGUGAGGCUCUGCAGAACUUUUUCUCUCUAGCCUGCAGCUUGAUGGGCCCCAGCCGCAUGUCCCUCUUCAGCUUAUACGUUGUACAAAAUCAGCAUGAGUGCAUCCUCCCCUUUGUGCAAGUGAAAGGGAACUUUGCUAGGCUGCAGGCCUGCAUCUCAGAACUCCGCAUAUUGCAAAGAGAAGGUUGUUUCAGACCACAAGCCACUUCUCUGCAGCUGGCAAUAAAGGAUGGGCUCCAGCAGUUCAAACAGUACAGUGGACACAUGACCACAAGUGCAGCUUUGACCUACACUUCCCUGGAGAUUACUGUUCUGACUUCACAGCCUGGAAAAGAGGUGGUCAAACAAUUGGAGGAAGGAUUGAAAGAUACAGACAUAGUCAGAGUCAGGAGGCUUCAGGUGGUUGAGAUCACAAAGGGAGUCCUAGAAUGUAUGGACUCAGCAUCCCCUGUUGAAGAGGCCAGCAACGACGAGAGUUCUAUCCUGGGAACUGAUAUUGACCUUCAGACUAUAGACAAUGAUGUUGUCAGCAUGGAGAUUUUCUUCAAAGCCUGGCUGCAUAACAAUGGAACAGACCAAGAACAUGUCCACCUUCUUCUUCCUUCACGGAGUUUCAGCAGCAUUUCCAGAGCCAGAGAUAAUCCAAUGUGCCUGAAAUGUGAUCUCCAAGAGCGACUUCUCAGCCCAUCCCUGCUCCCUGGAACAGCUGAUGGCUCCUUGAGAAUGGAUGACCCCAAAGGAGACUUCAGUACCCUCUACCAGAUGGUUUCCCAGUCAUCAGCCUCUCGUUACAAGCUCCGGGUGAUCAAGGCUCUAAAAUCCACUGGGGUCUGCGAAUCACUGACAUAUGGACUCCCCUUCAUCCUCAGACCCACAAGCUGUUGGCAGCUGGAAUGGGAUGAGCUGGAAACAAAUCAGCAGCAUUUCCAUGCUUUGUGUCACAGCCUACUGAAAAGAGAAUGGCUGCUAUUGGCCAAAGGGGAGCCCCUGAGCCAAGGACAUAGCCUGAGAGAGCCCGCCAGCACCUUCUACGUGAUCCUGCCGUCUCGCUCUCCCAGUCUGCUGGUGAAGGCAGUGGCCACUCGGGAACUGAUGCUACCCAGCCCUUUCCCCCUGCUACCUGAGGACAUGCCUGAUGACAGCCGUAAGACUGUGGAGAGCAUGCUGGAUGACCUGGAGCUAGAACCCACCUACAACCCCUUGCAGGUUUGGAGCCACCUGUACUCACACCUGAGCAGCACCUUUGCCAAGCCUCAGGGCCGGCUCCACCCAAGGUGGGAGAGCCGGGCUCUGAGAAAGCAUCCCCGCAAGGCCGGGCCACUGCAAAUAAAUCGAGUUCGAGCCACAGUGGCCCCUUUGCCUAUGACUCCAGCCCCUGGCAGAGCCCCCAAGAUGCCAGCACCCAGCAAAGCUUCCUCGGAUGUCUUCUUCCAGCCUUCCAUGGAGGAGGAGGAGGAGAUGGAGGAGGAGGCAGACGAGGAGUAUCCCUCAGGGCCCUAAGUCACCAGCACCAUAGCCCAGCUGCCCUGUGCAAGCACAUCCAUGCCAAGGCUCACACAAUGGCUUUCUGUGGACAGACUUGCCUCCUAUCCACCUGAGCCUCUGUGAGCUCCAGGUGGCUGGGAAACAGAGCCUUACCCUCCUCUGUCCUCAGUGCUGCCAACUGCCCCACUCUUCAGGCUGGGAAGAGACACACCGACCCUUUCCCUUCUGCAAGCAGGGACUCAUUUUUCUUUUGGAUCAUUUGAUACUGUUAACACAAAUGAAGAUUAAAUAACCAGUAAGUCUCCACCACUGUUAGGAGCAUUCCCAGGCCCGAUUUUCUCCUUGUAGCUCUGUGUAAGUAGGUGGAUGAAGUCAGGUCACCAUCAGGAAACUGAACCUCAGGAGACAAGGAUGAGGUUUUCAGAGCUCAUGAAAAACAAGCAGGAUUGAAAUCGAAACCGCAUUCCAAAGCCCGUGCCCCUCCCACUACACCCACCACACUGCAAUUCCCUUCAGCCUCCAAACAGAUAAGUGGUUGAUGCUUGGUACCUACAUGCCAAGUGUGCACACGUGCGUGCGUGUGUGCAUGUGUGCGUGUGUGUGUGUGCCUCGCUGUGUGAGACAAGGGGGAGGGAAGGCAUCCUAGAGCUGAGAACAGGGGAGAGGAUGGUGUGAAAAAGACCUAUUCCCUUCCUAUUCCCCUCUCCUCAUACCUGCCCAUCAGCUUUCUCCAUCCACAGAAUAAUAACUACCAUUUAUACAAUGCUUACUCUGCACUUCAAAUCGUAUUAUGUACUUGAGAAAUUUAACUCCUUUCAUA